AUGAGAAUACAAACCCGUGGAGCCUCGAGGCUCUAUGCCCCGUUGGCUCUCGUACCUCUGCUGGCCCAGCACGCCUAUGCUCAGCUCGAUCUCCCGGACUUGGGACAGCUCAGCGACAUCGAAAAUCUACCAACUUCGACGAAAGCCGAAGAGACGAAAUCCGAAGCCACAUCCAAAGAGACCACCAAAGAAACCACCAAAGAAACCUCCACCGCCAAAACCUCAAGUAAGGACGACGACGAGACCAGCACCGGUUCGGCCGCGUCCGCCUCCUCCGCCCCCUCCAUCACCGAUGCCCCCUCGCUCUCCACCACCUCCAACUCCGCCUUCAAACUCACCGGCCUCCCCACCAUCGCCGGCGCCGGCAUCCCCACCAUGAUCGUUCCCAACACCGCCCAAGCGCCCUUCAUGCAGAAGUCCAACCUCCCCGAAGGCACCGUCUUCAUCGUCGUGGCCGCCAUUCUCGGCUUCCUCGCCUUCUGCGUCCUCGUCUGGCGCGCCAGCAUCGCCUGGUCCCUCAAACAAUCUGUCCGCCGCGCCGCCAUGGCCCAGACCCUCCCCGACAGUAAAGCCCUCCUCGCCCCCGGCGGCGCCCCCAACGCCCCCGGGUCCCGAGGCCGCGUCUACCCCCACGGCACCGCCAACAACAUGAGCUCCUCCCUCUCCCUCGAGAAGCUCUCCAACGCCGGCAAGGGCACCAGCCUCAUGAAAGACAAUCCCAAGCGCAAAUCCACCGGCCCCGCCCCCGGCCCCUCCACCUCCCUCUUCUUCUCCCCUACCGCCGGCGCCGGAAUCCACACCUCCACCUCCCCCGUCCCCGGUAUCUCCCCCUCCGCCACCCGCACCCCUUCCGCCUACCUCCCCGCGGGGUACUACCCCACCGGCACCGGUCUCCCCGCCGGCGGCGCCAACAGCACUACUCUCGGCGCCGUCCCCGGCGCCCCUAUGGGCGGCUCGCUGCUGAACAUGGGCCCGUCCGCGCAGGGCUAUCAGCGUGCGCGCAGCCUCGGGACCGACGAGCCGGGGAGCCCACAGCUGCCGCCGUCGCGCGGGUACGAUCGAGGGAGCGUGUAUGAUCGGAGCAGCAUCCCGAGUACGAGUACGUUGAACUUGGGGGCGCCGAGGGAUCCCAACCAGCGGGUGCCGAGUGCGUAUUUGGAGGAUAUCUUCAAUCGGCAGGAUGGGAGGGAUAGGUUUUGA